CCAGUCAGUUCUUGCUCACGGCGUUGAGAGAAGGAAGUGAGUCACACUGACGGUAAUUGUUACGUCUCAGUUGCAGCAACAGGGAAAGCUGACGAGAGAACAAGGAAGCAACAUGUGCUCAUCAUAAUAAGUCCAACACAGCACAGAGGCACGUAGCUGCGGUAAGAGACGGAGAGCCGAGGACACUCACAGACUUGUUUUUUAUCACAUCAUGAAAAGAGAGGUGAAGGCUGGUGUCAGCUUCCUCAAACGCCUGAUUGUGGCACGUGGCAAGCUUGAUGAAGCCAAAGCAGAGCUGUUCGCUGAGAAGCUACAGAAACUUUUGUGUGACAAAUAUGAUGACCACUGGUACCCCAACUCUCCCAGCAAAGGCCAGGCAUACAGAUGCAUUCGGAUAAAUAAUGGAGUACUCUGUGAUGAAGUGGUCCUGAGGGCAUGUCAGGAGAGUGACCUCACACCCAGUGAGCUGGGCCUGCCGCCUGAGAUCACCCUGUGGAUCGACCCACUGGAGGUGUGUGCAAGAUCUGGAGAGAACAGUAGGCCUUUCACAAUAGCCUGUUUCAAUGAGGAGGAUGAGGAGGGCAUGAAGGGUGAACAGGACACCUCCUCUGUGGACCUGUCAAGCCUGGACACAUCAGAUUACCACUCUGCUACCUCUUCAGAUUGCAGUUCCACUGCGUCAAGCGACACAGAGGAGGAGGCAAAGGAGGGGGAGCCUGAAAAAAAAGAGAGGGCCGUCAAGAUGAAAGCAGCAGAAGGUGACACCUACACAAUAGAGAUGGUGCCCAGGAUUCGAAAGCCAUAUGGAGGAGCAGCAAAUAAGGGCAAAUACAUCAAAAAUAAAGCUGUUCAGCUCCCUGCUAGCCUCCAGUACUUCUACCAUCCCACACCAGUUUGGCCUCAGUACAAGAAGGCCACACCGGUGUUUCUCACCACCGUGUGCGCGCCUCCAGCACCACCACCUCCACCCCAGCAGGUAUUUGGCUACUACAUCUUGUCGCAGUCAUCACCACAGUUGAUUCUGCCUCAGGCUACUCUGCAGCCGUGGGGAACUGUGAAGAGUUAGGCUGUCCAGGAACUGGAGUGAAGGUGGAUAGAGCAUUAUGAACUCCUUCAACUGAGCAGUGUCAUAGCAGGCCUCUGGAUGGGUCACGAAAAGACCAUUGUAACUCAAUUAUUCCUUGCACAUCCUCUUUUUCCUUCUGGUGACUGUAUGUGCUGUG